AUGUCUGAAACUACCGGCAGAGUCGACUUCGUCGUCAGUAACGAGACCUACCAGACUUGGUACAAGGUCUACGGAGACCUAAAGUCUGGCGUGCGUCCUCUUGUCACUUUACAUGGUGGCCCCGGCAUUCCGCAUCAAUACCUGCUUCCUCACAUCGAUCUGUGCAAGUUAUACAGCAUUCCAGUCGUGUUCUAUGACCAGAUUGGCUGCGGGGAGUCUACCCAUUUGCCCGACAAGCCGAAGGAGUUUUGGAGGAUGGAUCUCUUUUUGGACGAGCUGGAGAACCUCGUCGCUCGUCUCGGCAUCCAGAACAACUUCGACGUCCUUGGACACUCUGCCGGUGGCCGCCUUGCUGCCUCGCUCGCAUGUUACCGCCAUCCUCCCGGCCUCAAGCGGCUCGUGAUAUUUUCGAGUCCUGCCUCGAUGAAGUUUUGGGUGGACGGCUGCCGCUCGCUUCUUGCACAACUGCCCGAAGACGUGCAAGAUGUCAUCAGAAAGCACGAGGAGGCGGGGACGACGGACGAUCCCGAAUACCAGAAAGCGACAGGCGUCUUCUUCGCGAGGCAUGUCUGCAGGAUUGACCCACAGCCUCAGGACUUGCAGACGGCUCUCGCUGCGAUGGCAGCAGAACCGACCGUCUAUCGUACCAUGAACGGCCCAUCUGAGUGGUGCGUCACAGGUCCGAACAAGGACUGGACGAUCAUCGAUGAUUUGCACCGAAUCACGACCCCAACGUUGCUCAUCAAUGGAGCGUACGACGAAGCAACAGAUCUCUGCGUGUCACCGUAUUUCAGGGGCAUUGCUAAAGUGAAGUGGGUGAAGUUUGCAAACAGUUCACAUCUAGCGUGCUUUGAGGAGAGGGAAAGGUACAUGCAAGUAGUGGCUGACUUCUUGAAGAUGUAG